AUGACACCAAAAUUCUCCAGUUACCCCAAGUGCACUCUACACGAUGAUUUUGGUAAGCUUUUGGAGAGUCAACAGUUUACUGAUGUUGACUUUCUGGUGGGAUCUGAGGAACAGAGAAUCCCAGCACAUGUUGUCUUUGUGGCUGCACGCUCACAGUAUCUUAGAAACCGCAUUCGGCAGGCAAUGGAAGCGCGAGAUAAACAUCUAGAGAAGGUUUUUGGGACAGCAACUAUUCCACCACAGGAAAUGCCUACCCUUGAGGUGAAGCUCCAGGAUGCUGUGCCAGAAGCCUUUGAGAUGGUACUCAACUACAUAUAUACGGACCGUAUUGAUCCUUACCGCUGCAAGAAAGACCAGAAUCCCAACAAAAUUGUUCUUAUCAUGAUGGAUGUGUAUCGUCUUGCUGUACAGUGCCACAUGAGACGCUUAGAGCAACUGUGUGUGCAGUACUUGGAGGCCACUAUUAAUCAUCGCAAUGUUUUGGUAGCACUCUGCAAUGCUGCAAGCCUGAAGCUAUUUUUCAUAAAGGAAUUCUGUCUUAAGUUUAUUGUACGAGAAAGCAACUACAACCAAAUUGUGAUGUCUAAAGAAUUUGAGAUGUUGGACAAGCCACUGAUGGUAGAGAUAAUCCGUCGGAAACAGAUGCCACCGAUGAGAUCGCUGCAGGAACCUCAGUUUGAAUCUUCAGGUACAACACUAGAACAAGACAUGGAGCAGUUCCUGAAAAGUGUGGGUCAGGAUUUUUGUGACAUUACUCUCAUGCUUGAUGGUUCUCCUAUCAGAGCACACAAGGCUGUGUUAGCAGCUCGUUGUUCUUAUUUUGAAGCAAUGUUCAGAUCCUUUAUGCCAGAGAAUAGCAUGGUACAGAAGGCGGAAUCUAACUUGUGUAUGGCAGCAAAUUGGGGCAGGAAUGUGUUUACUCUAGAAAAUAAAAAGAGAGAAAUAUUGUCACACAUGGAUGCAGGUUGGUCCAAGGCUAGGGAAAAAACUACAGAAGAUGACGUGGACGAUGGGCUAGUGUGUGACAAAGAUGACCCUGUUGUGCAAUCUUUGACAGGUGCAGAGACUACAGAAUCAGUGUUGCACCCAGAACAUUCUGAAAGUGACGACGACGACGGCGACCCAAUGCUUCCAAGACCAAGGGUAGUGUUGCACCAUCAGCUGCGGACAUUAGGAAUGCUGACCUAUAUCUAUCCUGAAAAUCUGAAGCACCAAGUCUCUCUUAUCCUCAAAGUUUUCAAGGAGCAAUUGAAAAAACAUACUGGCAGCAAACCAGAUUUCAUUGCUCUAGGAGGAGUACUGCGAGGUCUCACACUUUAUAUGCAUCACUUCCCAGAAGGACAUGAUGAUGAUGCUCAGCUCUAUGAGUUCCUUUAUAACCAGAUUCACAAAGUUCUUAAUCCUGAUCUCAACUUAGCAAGAAGGGAUGCACAAAGAGCUGCACUAGAACUGGUACACACCCAUGGAGAUAAGUUCUCUAGUCAUCUGUAUGAGAACUAUGAUACAUUGUUCCCGUGGUUGAUCAAGUGGUGUGCUUCUAAAAACCGUGAUGACCACAAAGCUGCAGUACCUGCCAUCAAUACCUUUGUUCACGCUAUAGCAAAUAUGCUGGAGCUACAAGCUGGAGAAGAGCGGAGUAAGGGAGCACAAGUUUUUAAGUAUUUUCUACAAGAAUAUAAUCAGUUGCUGGAGAAGAGCGACAGUACAUCCCAGGUUAGCCUUGCAGUGAAGGGUUACUCAUUACUGUCAGGAGCAUGUCGCUUUCUCCUCUCCCCACUUGAAGUACACACGAUGUUUAACAGAGUCCUUACUGCUAGCCAGCAUGCCUUUUACCAGUCCAGUGAAAUGCUUGAAAAUAAACUAUCCAAUUUACCGAGCUACAUUGAAUCGUUAGCAAUAAUUAUCAUCAAGAUGGACUUAAUAAACAUUGGGAUCAUUGAUAGUGUGCAGAAUCUGGCCAUGUCUCUGGUGGAGAAUUUCCCCCUGGUGUCUGUAUACCGCAGGUUCUUGGCCUACCAUGCACUGUUCAAGCUGUUUCAGGCAAUACAUGGCAAGCCUGAAUACUUUCAAGACUUUCUUCACACAUUUGUAUACAGAUCUAUUGUGCUAACUUGCUCCCAUGCUCCUGAGGCGGUAUCUGCUCCUGGUGAAGAAGGCAGCUUAUCAGGAAACAUCACAGAGGAAAAUGGAGGUAACAGCAAGUGGAAAGGACUUAAGAAUGAAGCCACGACAUACAAAAACUUUUUACCUCUGUGGAAGGCAUUAAUGAUACCUGAGAAAAUGGCAAAUAUGAAUGUAUCAGGCAUGCCUGCAACAUUGAGAACUGAAGUCAGCUCUAGGUUAUACUUAGAAUUUAUCACUUGUAUUUUGGAGAUAACAAUGAAGUUAGACUUGGAGACAUUCAAGCAAGAACCAUUAAAGAAGGAAAUUGAGGCCAAUGAGGAGCAAGACGUUGCCACCUCAGAUCCAGUGUCUGGGCUGAUAGCCAAGACUCCAAAGGAUUUUCAGGUCUACAUGAAUGUAGUGUCAUUGAUGGGGGAAGUACUGCCAUUACAAAGUGAAGAUCAGUUGGAGCCACAUGUUUCACAUCUAUGUUGGUUCUUUGUGAGGUGUUCUUCACUGCAACCUCUUGUAUCUGCCCACUACACUGCCAUCACCACUGUCCUCUCCUGCACCCACCUCACACACUUUUUCAAAAAGAAAGAAGAGCCUGAAGUGGAGAGUGUCAUUCAUCUACUAACCAGCUACAUCAGAGAAUUGCUCCAGCGUUGCCGUCAGUAUCGCGAUCAACUUCUGGCCUCUUGCUUAACUCUUAUUCUUAAGCUGCCCCUCCGCAUAGUCCAAGACAUUUUUCCACAACUGGCGGCUGCAUUACAGAUGGCUUUGCAGCUUGGUGUUAGUUACUUACCACUAGCAGAUGUGUGUGUGUCAGCUCUUCAGGUGUGGACUGAGCAGUUACCUCAUGAUAUGCUACAGCAACAUUUACCAUUGGUCAUGCCCCUUCUCCUGCCAUACCUUCGUUCCCGGGGUGCUGCAAUAAGUUUUUAUAUUUUACUUUGUGAUUGUAAUAAUUGUACCAAGAUUCAACCCAGACUCAAUGGCUGCUGCUGCUUUUGCGCGGGGAAACACCACUUAAAAGCACAUCAAGUUUCUUUUCCUUUUGAACAGCUCAAGAUUGAUAUUUUUCUUGAUGAUCUUCUGCCCCAUGUUGUGGAUCUGGCACUAAAUUCAAGUGAUCGUCAGACUAAAGUUGCUGCAUCUGAACUUCUCCAUUCUGUCAUUAUCCUCAUGAUUGGCACAGGAGCUCAGCAACAUACAGAUAUUCAGGCGAGGUACCCCAUGGCUCCACUGUACCGGCACGUGUUUGAGGCCAUGUUGCAGCUGGCAUGUGACCCAGACCAAGUUACUCGGCAGUUGUUCCUCACACUUGCCUACCAGACUAUUCACUGGUUCACUAAUAAUAAGAACUUUGAGAACCCUGAUACUGUGGUCCUCCUGGAUGCCAUCAUGGAAGGUAUUGUGAGAGCAAACAACCCAGCCUUGAGAGAUGUAAGUGCCCAGUGCCUGGCAGAGUUUGUCAAGUGGUCUCAUAAACAGUCUCGAAAGGACCCAGUUUCCUUAAACUUGAAAUCGAUUCUUUUGAGAAUAUUUUCACUCUGUAAACAUCCAAGUGCCUUCAAACGCUUAGGAGUUUAUGAUACAGUAACCCAGGAGCUUCUAAGAUGGACCACUAACAGUGAAACUGUAAUUGGAAUCACCGGCCAGAACAUUGAGAAAGGGGCUCAUAUUUUGAACACUUUGGGUUCAAAUAUUAUCCCUCAUCUUCUGGUUGCCUGUGACUUGACACUUGCUACUUGUGUGCAACUUAUAAAAGAUGGAAGGUUCCUACCAGCUAUGGUCUUCUCUUCUGCACUCUUGAAUUCCCUCAUAAGGAAUCCUGAACUUAGGAAACGACAUUCACUGCAUGUAAUUCAAGCAUUCCUGUACCACUGGCCAACGUUUUCUGCUGAAUCCAGUAAAAGCAGCAUGCAUCAAGAAUCUGUGCUUGGAUUGUUGUCUUCAUUAUUUUUGGUUGACCAGGGAGAUACACUCAGGAAGCAUUGCUCAGACCCAGGACACAAUAUUGUAGUUUUCUAUAAAGAACUUGUCUCUGAUGCCAAAGUUGAACUGCAGCUGAAGAUCAAAGCUUUGAAGCUGUUACCCUUCUUCUUCACCAUGUCACCACACACUGCCACUUGUAUCAGUGAAGCUCUUGAGACAAUGAGUUUAAACAACUUUCCUCUAAAAUCGACCGAGUUUGCUGCUGGUAGUGCACGUGAUCGGGAGUAUCAUCAAGCUCUCAGUGAAAUACUGAUUGCUCUGGAAUUAUCCAUGUCUUCAGUACUCCUGCAGUUCACAAUCAAACUGUUCUGCCGUGAGGAGAAGCACCGUUAUGAAGAUUCUCUGGUUGAAUCCCUUGAAAAAUAUAUCAAGAGACAAGUAUGCUCCAGACAACUGGAAACACUUAAACUUGUCUAUUCUAUGAUCACUGAUGUCUCCUGUGUAAAACAGCAACUCAGGUACAAUAUUGUAGAGAAAGUGUUGGGUCCACUCUUGCAGCAGACCAGUUUGCCACCGACUAUUUCAUUUCUUGUGGAAGUAAUCAGCUCAGUGAUGGCAGGAGCAUCAUUACCACUCCCAGGAAGAAGUGACGAGCAACACAAGGUCUUGGUCACAAAGAUCGCAAGCUUUACAAUCCUUCAAGACUCGACUCCUACAGUCUCGGAUGUUCCAGUCUGGAUGAUGCACUUGCAGCAGAAGAUUGAGAGCGCAGAAACACCUAGAAAUGUGAAGCUGUUCCUCUUGCGGUUGAUGAUGAAUACCUCUAAGGUGUUCGCUCCUUAUGCAGCUCAUUUUGUUAAACCCAUCCUCAGCUGUCUGGUUAAUGGAACUCUUGGAGAUAAAAUUAAUUACUUCCUCUGUGAUUUGAUGGUAAUGCUAUUAGGAUGGGGUUCAAAGGCAAUGCCUCAAGACAGCAUAAUGGGAAGGAACAUGGUAGCUCGUGUUCUACGCUUCUUGUGUAUAAACACACCACACUACAGGGCAGAUGUCUUCAAGUAUAACCUCGAUGUUGUAAGGUCAGUCGUGGAAGGUUGGAAGAGUGUGUUAACAGUUCCUUACACAGAGAUAUAUUCACUACUGGAAGUGAAGGAUGGAGGCAAGCGUGAGGUGGAGGCCGGUUUACAACUCCUGGGGAUUGUACUUGCCAAUAGUAUUGCACCUUACAGUAUGGACUCUCUUACUGAAAAAACAAGGUGUGAGGAGUCACUGGUUAAGUUGCUGGGAGCUAAAACUGCAAAUGUGUAUGGUGUUGCAGCAGAAGUACUUGGCCUUGUCCUCAAGUUCUUAAUGGCUCAGGAAACCAGUAAAGGUGACACUUCACUGGAAGACAAAGUUGUGAAUAAAAUAAUGAAACAUUCUUACCAGCAGCAAAAUCAAGCCAUUACAUGCAUUUACAAUAUUCAUCAGCAUUACCCACAAAUUAUAAGCAGGUUUAUUAACAAACUGCUCAACCUGUUGCCCAAGCUUUAUGGACUACAACGUACUCGUAUCUUGAAGUGUUUGGUGUCUCAUGCGUCUACAAUGGAAGACGUCUUCACUCAUCUUAAGGAACAGAAUCUUAUAGAAUUCUUAUCAAGAAAAGUAGAAGACACACAGCUUGUGUCACUGGAGUUGGUGAAUGCAUCAAUGCAUCGCCUUAGUGCUGAGCAGCUGCUGUACUUCAUGCCCAGUGUUGUGGCCUUCACUUAUCAUACUGCUCCAAAAUGUCGUGAGAUAAUGUAUGAUAUCCUCUUCUGGGUUUAUGAUAACUAUAGCGAUUACAGUAAUGAGGAAGAACGACAACUGCAGUUACUAGCACAAGGCAUUUUACUGCAAGCUGUGAGGGAAGACGAUGCUGCCCUCAGACACACUGUCCUUAAUUUCUGGCUUCAAGGUUCAAAGAAUCUCUCACUUCCACAGCGGUUACUGCACAUCCUGAGAAAGAUGUACAGUCCAGAUAGUGAGGAUUCCUUCCUUCACAUAGCUAUAUAUACUCUACUAGAAGCAACCAGCCACUCUGCAGACUACCACCGUGACAUCUUUAAUCAACCCUUGACACUUUGCAAAUUUAGAGAGAUGAAAGUGAGCACAGCGUGGCGUGCUCGUCAUGCUUCAAUGAUCCCACUCUUCAGUGAGUCGCAGGGCAGAAGUGAGUCGUCCCUCAGCUCCUUACUUACCUUAACACAGGGAAGUACAACUAGUGAAGAGUCGUCUACUCUUGGAAACAUACAAGCAACACAGGCCAACGUCUUCUCAGUAACCCAGCAACCAGGUGCAACUUUUGACUGGGUAACAGAGUCAACCUUUGAUACAACAUUGGCAGACAUGGAAUAUGAGGCUACUCAUGCUCCAGUUCAUGGCUCUACAACAGGACUCUUGUUUAGCGUACAACCUUCUGGGAAGAACUCUGGACGUUAUAAGAGGUCAGGUAUUGGAAAUACCAGGAUGCAGCCUCCAGAUGAGACAGACCAUGCAGAUUCUGCAAGUACAACUCAGUCCAGACUGGUAAGACGACGUUUCGUUAAGAACCAGGAUCGUGAAAAGCAAUCCAUAUACUUUGCCAAGUUAGAAGAGAGGAGGAUCAAACUAAGAGAUACACUGGAACAAGAAAGGAGAUCACGAAGAGAGGCACAGGUGACUAUGUACAGGCAGUAUCGUGUUGGUGAACUUCCUGAUAUCCAGAUUCCACACCGAGCACUGAUUGCUCCACUUCAAGCUCUGGCACAGCGUGAUAGGAAGGUGGCACGUCUCCUGUUUGAGGUUUUAGCCCAGGGAGUGGUCGACAGUGUGAAAAACAUAAUGUCAUAUGGUGAUGAAGAGUCAUGGCUUGAACAGUUGCAUGACUCGCUCAACAGUAUUCUUACUGACAGCUAUAUGUGUUAUCCAGAGGUCAUGAGAACUGUUUUGCACCUCAUGAUCAGCAAUGAUGUAUCAGUCAACCCUGAAACACUUACCUCUGCUUGUUUAGGGAGUCAACUUGAGGCCUUAGGUAUACUAGUGUUAGAAAGACAAGUGUUAAUAUCACAGCGAGAAGAGAGAAGAGUUGAGCCACCAGCAGCCAAGAAGGCCAGAACUGACCCUUACAUAUAUACUCCAGACACUGCUCUCUGGCUCAGUGUAGCAGAAUUGUAUAAGAAUCUGGAUAUGUGGGAUGUGGUGCGAGGCAUCAUUCAAGGAAAGUUAGGUAGCAUAAAAGGAGCAACAAGAGCAGCACUUGAGGCAGAGUCUAAGAACAACCCAGUGCAAGCAUUCCUUCAUUAUCGCACAGCACUCAACACACACUGGGAAGAAGAUCCAGAACCAGCAGAGGUUCGUAUAUGGGAAGAGUGGUAUACAUCAUGUGCUGGGACGCUUGGUCAGUGGUCUGAGCUCGAAAACUUUGUGGAACAACGCUUUCUGCGAGACAACUACGAACAGGUGAAAUUGGAUAGAGUGUGGUUUCUUCCUCGACCAACUGCUGCAGUUCUACCUGCCUUAGUACAUUCCAAACUUAUGAAUAUUUUAGAUGGAGCAGAAUCUGAUGGUAAACUCUGUGAUUUUAUUGACAGUGCCAUGAAAGAGCCUCGCCAUCAAGCAUUGUUAGAAGGAACUUUGCCUCUUCAGUUAGCUGUGAUAUCAACUAACCAAGAUAAAAUUGCUCAGGCUCAGUCUUACCUGAAUACAGCUAUGUCCAGCACACUUCUCACUAUGGCUCAGUAUUCCCUCUUAACACCCAAGCCUCUCAUAACCACCUUACGCAAUGUUCAACUGCUGACAGAACUUGAUGAUUUUUUUAACACUAUCAAAUACAGUGAGAGUGACUUCUACUCCAGUAAAGUAAAAAAGACAGUCACCAAUUGGAAAAAGCACGAGGCAAACCCCACAGACACUUCCCUUCUGAUUCAGUGCUUGUCAUCUUACCGUGGUCUUUAUCUCCAUUGUCUAGAAAAAGGAUUACCAGAGGAGUCUCAACAUGAUGUUUCACAAUUCAUCAAGGAUGCAAAACUCUCUGCUCAUAGAUCUGUUGUAAAGGCAGCUCUUCAAAACACCAAUUAUCAUUUAGCUGCCAGGCAUUUAAAAAAGCUAAAACCACUGUCUGAAGAUAAUUUUUCAUUGGCCCAAUUCUAUCUCCUGAUGACUGAGAUGAACAUCCUCCGAGGACGAGGCAAAUUUGACACCCGGCUCCAGUACCUGGUAGAAGGCUGGGGGAAAUACUUAGGUAAAGUUAGUUGCAUGCCAGUGCUUGAGCAAAAUGCUAGCAUUGAGGUACAAUACUUGAAACUAGAGAGCUCUAUAUGUCAUGAGAUAUGUGAUACUAUCCGGGAGAUGGGAAAUGAGUGGGAUGAAGAGAAUCAGUACAUGAAAGUAUUGUCUGAUAAAUUUUCUAAGGCUAGUGGAAGAGAUUCAUGGUACAGUGAACUUCUUAAAUGUAGCUACAAUAGUCUUGAACUAGCAGUAAAAUGUGCUGAAGGAAAGUUACCUCAAUUUGAUGACACUCAAGGCUGUGAUAAGGAAAAUGUUCAUAUGGUCUUAGCAAAGUAUUGUGAAGACUGCUUAGAAAACUGGAAGGAUCAUGUCAAUGUUAAUGAAUACUCAGAAUCUUUAGUAACACACAUAUUAAGGGCCAUGUCACUAGGGUCACGUGAUGCACACUUCCACUUCCCACGCCUUAUUAAUUUGAUGGAAGAAGAUCCUAGUCUUGUAUUGGUCUUCAAGAAAGAAUCAGAAAGGGUACCUGUUUGGAUGUUCUUACUCUGGUUGAGUCACAUUCUCAUUUAUGUUGAUAAAGCUCCUGGUCCUGCUUUGCAACCCAUUGUUGAGAAAUUAGCUGCAGUAUACCCUCAGGCUGUUUACUAUCCAUUUGGGAUUAGUAUGCAACAUUAUGACUUUAGCAGUGCUAGUGGUAUGUCAGCUAGAGUGAUGUGUCACAAAGUGGAAUCCCUACUUAGCAGAAACAGUCUCCUUCAUCAGUUUGUGUCUGCUGUUUCACUUGUGGUAGCUCCCUUCAUAGCUUGCAAAGAUGCACUUAACAAUCUCAUGCUGGAGAAAGAUAAAAAGAAUAUAGAAGACAAUUUAAGAAAGAUGGAAAGUAACUUCUUGAAGGUGAACAUCAGGUCUACAAAAGGUACAGCAAGUGAAAAAGGUGAAGCCUACAUCAAGCUUGACAGAAUGAGGAAAGAUGCAGCUGCAGUAUUUGACAAGGAAUUUGGAACAAAUGUAAAGAAAAUCAAAGCAAUGUCUACCAAAGAGAUUUCCAAGGCACUAUCAUAUAUUAGAGAGAAAAUGAUUCAUGGCCAAGAUGAUCUUAAAAAAUUGCCAAAGCAGUUAAAGUAUUAUUCACCAUGGCUGGCAAAUUUCCAAGCUUCUAAAUAUUGUGAUGUGCUUGAAUUACCUGGUCAGUAUUCUGGAAUGUCUAAACCUUUACCUGAAUAUCAUGUCAAGAUCUCCAGUUUUGAUGAAAAUCUAAUGCCAAUGGCUUCGCUUCGUGUUCCUAUGAGGAUCAUUAUUCGAGGAGAUGAUGAGAAAGAUUACAAGUUCCUGGUGAAAUGGGGUGAGGAUCUACGAACUGAUCAGAGAAUGGAACAGAUGUUUACAUUAAUGAACAGUGUAUAUUGCACUUCUUCACUGUGUUGUCUCACAACCUCACGGCCUUCUUUAGAUACAUACAAUGUUGUGCCAUUAUCUCUGGAGGUUGGACUCUUGCAGUGGGUAGAAUCAUCUCAACCAUUAAAGGAAUUUAUGAAUGAAUCAUUCAGAGAUAAUGAAAAAAAACACUAUGAGGAAGCACUUGGCAUAUAUAAAACAGGAGGGCACUGGGUAAUUGAAAAGAAGAGUAAAAAAAAGGAUGUUAUGAAAGUUUAUGAGAAUGCCGUUAAUAAAAUUCCAUGGGAUCUUUUGCGUCGUGGACUUGUUAAACUUUCAAAUAGCAGUGAAGGUUUCUUUGCUUUGCGCAGUGCUUUUGCCAUUAGUUAUGCUACAUUAUGUAUAUCACAUUGGCUUCUUGGUAUUGGUGACCGCCACUGUGGCAAUUCUCUAGUUAAUUUGAAGACUGGCCAUGUGAUUGGUAUAGAUUUUGGGCACCAUUUUGAGUCUGCUGUGCAGUUUCUUCCAGUUCCAGAGUUAAUGCCUUUCCGACUUACUCCUCAAAUUGUUAAUGUCUUUCAGCCAGUAGGUCAAGUAGGUAUGCUACGAGAGAUAAUGGUUGCAGCACUUGGAGCUCUUCAGGAGUCUCGUCAUGUUCUCAUAGCUGUCUUGGAAGCAUUUGUGAAGGAACCAACAGAAGAUUGGUUAGGGUUUGUAAGACGUCAAGAAGGUAACACUGACGACAGUAAAGUAGAAAUGUUUUCAAAGGAUCGCAUUGAGCUGCUAAAGGAAAAGUUGUGUGGCAUCAAUCCUGCUCAUGUUACUAAAUGGGCAGUUUCUCAGAGUAAAUCUGUUAAAAGAGACUGCACCAUUUUAAAAUCCCUUGAAGAAGUGGUUCUUGGAAAUAAAGGAGAAAACUUGCGGGCAGACUUGGGUGAUAAUGGACUGAGUACUCACCAGCAAGUAGAUGUUCUUUUGGAACAAGCCAGUGACCCAAAUAUUCUUGGAAGAACUUGGAUUGGCUGGGAACCUUUCAUGUAGUCUUUUGAGUUUUUGUACACACUUCAUGGUCAUUAUACACUGGUUUAGACAGGUUUGUCCACAUUGUGUCACUACCUUAUUGGCACACAACUGUGUUUUGAAGAAUGAAAAAUGACUGUUUGUAUUAGGAAUCCCAGGGGUCUCAGAGUACAUCAUUCACAUUCACAUCUACUACCUAACUUUCCUACUCUCUGUGUUGUCAUAGCUCAUUUUUGCCAAGAACAAUUUAAUUUUCUUUAUGGCCUCAUAGCAGAGAGGUUAACACAUGAACUCCUUACAUUACAAAACUGACUCUUAGUUUCUUUUCUACAUUCUGUAUGGUAUGUAACUUCAAUAUAUUCUCUGCAUACAACAUGUAUAGUACCAAUCUCAUUUCAAUUCACUUCAUAUACGUAUGUACAUUGAAAAAAUUAUAAUUUCUUGCAAAAAAUUUUUGGAUUGUUGUUAUUGUUAAGCCUCUUACUGUUUAAAUAUAAUUUUGUUUUUUAACAAUUUUAAUACUAGUAUGUCCUCCUGCUUAGGGAGAUCACUUAAGUAUACUUAAAAUAUGAUGUAAAGUGUGUGCAAGAAUUAUGAAAAGCAGUGACAACCGAUAAUGAAAACUUUUGUAAUUAAAAUCAGUGUUGGUGUAACUUUUAUAAUAAUAAAGUUUUCUUGUGACCUGAGAGAAUUUUAUCCAUAACCCCUUAACUGUCCAAACAUAGAUCUACGUUCUCUCGCCCAGCACUCUGAAUAUUUUGAAAAGAAAAUUUGUUUUUUUCUUAAAUAAAGAUGACUUUUUUUCCAUAAAGUAAUGUAAAAAAGAAAAAUUAGAGUCAGUACUUACGGAGAUGUAAGGCUGCAAAGUCGGCACUUCUUGCUCACCUGAUGGCAACAUGAAGUGCUGCUGCUUGCAGAAGUGUUGCCAAUAUACCUUUUUUUCUCUCUAUUUUUUAAUUUGUAUAAUUUUUAUGUUUUGAUAAUUACAAUUUGUAGUAGUUCUUGUGAUUUCAUAGCCAAUCUUUGUUUUGACACUAAUAUGUACUUAAAUAGUACUCAAAUAGUCACAAACAGUGACAGGUGAACAUUUUCACCUUCCUUAGUCACAUAUAAUAGGGCCCCGCUUUUCAGCAUUUCGCCUUACGGCGUUCUGCUAAUAUGGUGAUCUCAAAUUAUGACCAAAACUUUCUAUACGGCAAGCGGUCUUUCAAAUACGGCACUGUUUGUUUACAUUAUCCAUGAGCACAUAUAUCUAUUAUGUAAUAAUAAUCACUCUUGGGCACAUUAAACGUCUAAUUUUACAUCGG